CUGAAAAGAAACCUAGAUCUCCCAGAAGAAGAAGAACCGAAACUCCGACCCGCCAAGGUAAUCGGCUACGCGCUGGCUAAAUGGGGCGAUUAUCCUGCUUUGAUCGAUGGUGAACAGGGGCAGGUUGUUUCUGGGUCUGCGUGGCUUGUGAAGGACGAAGAGCAGGCGCGGAAGCUUGCGUAUUAUGAGACGGGGGCGUAGAUGGUUUGCCCUUGUCGGUUUUGAUUUACGGAUGGUGAGGUGCCAGAAGUGGUGUCUGGGAGGACGUUUAUGUAUGCUGGGGAUCAACAGGCUUUGCUGGAGCAGCGGUCUGAUCGGAAGCUUUGGGCUUUGCAGAUGGGUAGCCAAGUGAUCAAAUCAAGUGUCAGUAUCCACGAGUUCGAAUCAAGCAACUUACAGUACAUUGCCAAGCACACCACGAUCCCAGUCCCACGAGUCCAUGAAAUCCAGUGGGAUGAAAACGGGACGGCGCAGGCCAGUUCAAUGGACUACAUGCCAGGAAAACGACUGGACAAGGCCUGGCUUAGCAUGACUGACCAACAGAAAGUGACGCUCACUCAUGAGCUUCAUGGCUACAUUCAGCAACUGCGCAACUUGAAAGGCGACUAUAUCGGUGCUGCAGAUCGUGGAAAAGCAGUAAUAGGGAAUUACGUAUUCCACCUGGACGCACCAUUCGACAACGAACGUCAGUUCAAUCAAUUUCUAUUCUCAAGGAUCCUCAACACAGUCCCGAAUGCUCUCCGCUAUUUUGCAACUUCGCCUUUCAGGGAGGAUUACGAGAUUGUUUUUACGCAUGGUGAUCUGGUGCCGAGGGAUAUAAUUGAGUGGAAUUCUCUUCUGGGCUGGUCUCGUUAUCCCUCGAUUAUUCUUCCGUUGCAGUAUGGGGCUGAGGUGGUGGCCAUGUCGUAUUUUUCCAUUACGUCUGAUUAG